GGUUAUUUUGUGUCUGUGCAAUAGCAGAGUCAGGUAGCCAACUCUCCCAGGAGGAGCCGCUGAAAUCUGAUGAAGACGAAGGUCAGCUCCCAGUCGGACUUGUUCAGCUCGGCUCUCAGUGGAAACCUUAAGCCCUGUGACGGAUGAAUGGACAUGAAAACAAAAGACUGAGCUGCCUUUGUGCCCUUUGACAACAACACCUUAAGGAUUUUUUUGUAGAAUGUACAACCUUUUACUCCAUUUUUACCGUAAUGUUUUUUUUGGUGGAUUUCAUAGGAUAAUGGAAAUGAGAAGGAGGGAGGAAAGGAAAGUGAGCGGAGUUUGGUGUAAUUAGGAGUCAGGACGUUGACAGACAUUGGCCCGAGCCGGCAGUUUGACCGGCCAGAGGUCCUUGUCGGAUUCCCCUGCUGUGGAGUGGAGCUGGGAGCGUGCCAGGACAUUCCGCGUGUCAGAUUCUGUACAGCCAGCCCACUUCUCUCUUAUUUUGUGGUUUCCUUUUGAGAGGACUAGAAGGAAGUACUAUUACUCACUUCUUCCAUAUGCAUUCAGUUCCUUUAAACAGCUCAAGGAAGAAGACGGACCUGUGUGUCUAGCACUGAGUAGUUUUUAUAAUAUUUAUUAAAGAGUUUGUUUUAAAAUGGACUGUUGUAGAAUGAAGGAAGCAGCAGAGCACAACAUGAAAAUGCAUCCCAUGUGGCAGGAACCCCUCGCGAUACCAGGAGGCGAUCGCCAGUCUCCCAUCGACAUCGUGGUCCGGAAGAGCGUCUACGAUUCGGAGCUGAAGCCUCUGGUCACUGAUUACGACCCGCAGACCUGCCAACAGAUCUGGAACAACGGCUACUCCUUCCUGGUGGAAUAUGAUGACACCACAGACAAGUCCACGGUGAAAGGAGGCCCUCUGCAAGACAAAUACCGGUUGUGCCAGUUCCACUUCCACUGGGGGGAGAGCAACGCCUGGGGGUCGGAGCACACCGUGGACAGGAAGCUGUUCCCUGCAGAGCUCCACUUGGUGCACUGGAACUCUGAUAAAUACAGUUUGUUUGAGGAGGCCGUGAUGGAGGAAAACGGGCUGGCUGUCAUUGGAGUCUUUCUGAAGGUGGGAAAGAGACACGAAGGGCUGCAGAAACUGGUAGACGCCCUGCCUGCUAUCAGACACAAGAACAGUGUAGUGGAGUUUAACCGGUUCGACCCAGCCUGUCUGUUACCCAGCAACACUGACAACUACUGGACCUACCACGGCUCUCUGACCACCCCCCCUCUCACUGAGUCCGUCACCUGGAUGGUGAUGAAGCAGCACAUCGAAGUCAGCCAUGACCAGCUGGCGGUGUUCCGCAGCCUUCUCUUCACCUCAGCUGAUGAGGAAGUGCAGAAGGGCAUGGUGAACAACUUCCGCGUGCAGCAGUCUCAGUGCGGCCGCACCGUGCGCUCCUCCUUCUCUCCCUUCCUGCAGGAGGCGCCGUCGGCUGAAGUGGACAAACACUGACGCCGCUGGAGCCAGAACACACAGUAAAACACACCUUUACUCUGUGCCCGGACUCUGCUUUCCUUUUUUACUCCGUCACAACAAACACCCAUUUUUAAGCUUGAUGACGUUUCAUCACAGGAUCUUCAGUUUUACUGCAAAUGUAUUUAUUUUUUAAUACAAACCAUUUUUGAUUUUGGUGCAGACUAAAUCCCACGAAAGGAUGGUUGCUGUGGGGGAAACACUUUGUUUAACUGACUUUUUUUAACAGAAAUCCUAUUUAUUCUACAUUAACAGUCCAUUAGUUACAGCACAUGUGGGUUUUACCUGCAGCUCAGUGUAGAACGAGCUUAGGAAACAAAUCAGCAGCACCAUGUGCUGGCCGCAGUCUGUGCUACACCUCUCACUUCCUCUGUGAUGUUUAUAUCCAUAAAAUGAUACAGCAGGAAGCUGCAAAGGAGUUAAAAAAGGAGUUAUCACUGUUAUACGUGUCUCUCCAGUAGAAUACAUAAUAUAUCAUCAAGGGCUUUUACUCCUGUAUGGCGGGUUGUUGGGUUUAUCGUGGAUGUUAUCAUGUAUACA